CUCCCUGGUGCUUUGCCGAAAUGCCGGUCGACUUCAGCCUUACAGGGUGAAGGACUCACGGCAGUCGAUGUUGCAGCUAUGACCCAAGAAAUAUAUUUAAACGUGACUUCACGUCAAAGGACUGUUCACCGGCACACAUAGCGUUUGGUUUUAAUCCCGGGGGUUUAGCCGCCUCUGCAGCGGACAGCAUUGCAACGGACUUGAGCUGGAUGAUUUGAGCUGGAUGAAUUGAAAGUAGGACGUGGAUCCAGGCUGAUGGACUGAACAACAGGAGGAAUAGAAGCCUGCAUUUGCCGGAAAUAGUGUUGAAUGCCAGCAUGACCUACAUACCGCAGAGUUUAAUGGACGCUCCUUUAGGAUCCUGCUGUGUGGAUGCAGCAUACUGACUGACGUCCUGUUAACCUUGUAACACAGUCAUAAAUGACCUUCAUUUUUAUUUGCUACUGCAGAUCUUUCCAGAGUAAGACAUGUGAAUGUGGAUAUGACUGAAGAAGGGGAUGCAAACCAUGCCUUAUGUAAAAGAAGGGAACAUGAUGCAAAUAGCAUGAAUGGCAUGCUGACGCUUUUUUAGGGCUCUGAGGUAAACAGUAAACAAAAAUAUCAAAGCAGUUGGCCUGAGUAUUCUCGUUGCUACACUCUCUCCUGCCGUUUUCUCACAGGAUACUGUUAAAAUAUACACCAUAUCUGCUAUUUGGAUUAGCCUACAGCUCAUGGGGCCCACAGUGGAGCUGGGGUCAAAGGUCCACAUAAGAGCUGGGCUGAAAUUUCUUUCAAGCCAGAACAGAUUGCAGAUGCCUUAACCACAAGUCAGCAAGAGAUUGUAUGGUGAUCACUCACUGCUGUAAUCAGCCGACAGUAAAGCAAUAAAACCUGCAGUGUGGUGCAGGAAAAGACGGAUUCAAUUAAACACUUUCUGCUGUGAGACACAUUAACUGUUGCCAGUAUGCUUCUAAACUGUGGCCAGUCAUUGCCUCUUCUGAGGCACACGGAUGUGCCAGCUCGGGUCAAAGAAAACUUCAUCUUGACUGGCUACCGCUUCCCAAACUACAGCCUGAAGGAUUGCUUACUGUCAGCAUUAAGGCCUACCAAUGAGACAGGUAACUUCUGGACACACUUCCUGCCAGUUUUUAUCUUUGCAUAUUAUUUUGUGGAGGUAUUUGGUUGGGAAGGUGCGCCGCAUGCAGACUCUCCAUUCUUCUAUCCACUGUGGAACUAUUUUAUUGGGGUCUUCUGUCUGUUAAUGGCUAGCAGCAUGGCCCACCUGCUCAAUUCAAUGUCUCUGGUGGUGAGGGAAGUCUGCUUCUUUGUGGAUUACGGCACCAUCAGUUCCUACACAGUUGGCUCAUCUUUGGCAUACUACUACUACAUCCACCCUCGAGCAGGUAUAGUGGAGACAGGAGGCUACAAGGGCUCCCAAACUGACAUGAAAGAGGAACCUGCAGGCCCUCAAUCCUAUGCAAUCCCAGACUUCUGUGUGUUUUUUGAGAACUUCUACAUCCCUACCGCAUGUCUUGUUGCGAUCAUUUGCGUGUUGUCUUGCUGCAAUACUAGACAGAGGUGGAGGCGGCAUCGAUACCUCAUCCGAACCUUUGUUUUCCUCCUGCCAUUCCUCAUCUCUUCCACGCCCGUGUUCUACCGCCUCCUCACCAGUUCACCUUACUCCCCAACCUCGUCGUCCUGUGCGGCUUCCACCUCAACAGCCAGCUUCUUCUAUCGCCAUUGCUUUUGGCUGCUGGUAUCAGCUGUCUUCAACAUCAGCAAGAUCCCCGAGCGACUGGCCCCGGGGCGUUUCGACAUCUGGGGCCACAGCCACCAGUGGUUCCACUGCUGUACGUUUUUGUCCAUCCUGGACGAGCUUCACAUGAUCAAGGCUGAAGUGAGGGCGAUCCUGCUCAGCCCGACUCUGCUGCUGCCUCCAGCCACCCUCGCCCGCCUACCUGGACCCACCAUUGCUUCCACCUAUGGGGUUAUGCUCCUCCUCCAGACAACCAUAAUCUCCGUCAUCGUGUGGUUCUCUUGGCAUGCCAACUGCAUUUUCGGACCCGAGAGAGACAAGCUGGCAAAGGAACACCCCAGGGAACACCUCAAAUGCCACUGAUUUUUUUUAUCAUCACGAUGUAAUGGAAGUUUUGCACAUGCAUACAGAGCGACUCAAACAUUUCCUGUUCUGAUUUUAGUCCCUCAUAUGUUCCAACCCCUUUAGGAGUUAUUUUCAGGCUUUAAUAGGCAAAAAUCAGGGACAACAAGAGAUGAAAGGAUUAUAUUCUGAGGUCACCACAGGGUGGCUGUCUGGUUUAGUGGAUAUUGAAGGACCUUGCCAGUUCUUUCCCCUGAGCUGGUCCUGCAUGUUCCAACAGGAUAUGUGAGCAUGGGUGAUAAUGACUACCUCUAGGGACUGUCCACUUGAGGCACACAGGAAAGGCAGAAAUUGUUCCACUUGGUGGUUUAAAUGUCAUUUACAUAAAUUGGUUAUGGGCAGACUGCUGUCAAGUAGUUGCUCCUGUUGUACUUCCACUUCCCCUAUCCUUGAAUGGCAUAUUUCAAGAAGGCCUGCGCUAUGGUUGCAGUUUGUGAUACAUUGUAUUGACUGGUGACCACACCUUCUCUUCCUCUGACUUCCAUGAACGCUCACACGCACUCUCAUUUCCUCUUCUUUCAAGUGACCCUUUCAGCAGGAAGUGCGGUGGCCUUGAUGACGCAACAGAAAUAACUGAGAACCUAUAUCAGUCUUACAGUAAAGCACUUUCAAAGGGCUGCUCAAAUCCGCUCUUUCAUUAAGAAGCCUUGCUUGCUUUUAACUUUAAAAGAGGCGUACAUUACGGAAGCAGAAAAUGAUGUCCUGCCAAUAUGUUUUGUUGGUUUAUUUAAAUGUGUGUAUACAUAAUGCAGUGACUAUUUCCCCUUAGAUGACGCUGAAGUGCUCUUGUUCAGAUUAGAAGAAGAGUCGGAGGAUGAAACCCUCUUUAUUAGUCACACACAUGCACACAGCAGAGAGCACACAGUGAAAUUGGUCCUCUGCAUUUAACCCAUCCUAGUACUAGGAGCAGUGGGCAGCUAUUGUGCAGUGCCUGGGGAGCAAUGGGGAGGGGGGACUGGAGGUGUCCGGUGCCUUGCUCAAGGGCACCACAGCAGGUUAAAUGCCAUGUCAGUCUGAAUUGAGAGUAUAAAAGUGAACUGGACCUGGUACUCAUUCUGAACAUUCAUAUCUCUAUCACUCAGAAAGAUUUCUAAGCAGUUGCUCCAUUUCAGAGGCUUUGUGAUCUUUUUGGACAAUGAAAGCAGACAUUUCUUUUUAUGUCGUGUUGUGAACAGCAGCCUUUCUGAGCAAAAGCCAUACUGGAACAGUGACAGAAUUACAUCAGGAACUUUCUGGUUAGAUUUGCACUCGACAGUUAGAUCAGGUAAAUAGCAGUUUGCACAUUUCAAAUAUUACCAUAAACUUCAAGUCAAAGAACUAAGCAUCUGUUUUCUAGAAAAUAUUCUUAUACACCAGGCAAUCUUUGAGAAACCCAGAGGGUCUUUUGGUAGAAUUUUCUGAAGAUACUUCAAUGACUGUUCUUUUUAGUUACGCACCUAACCAAAAUUGAAAAUUCAGUUUAUUAAGCCUUAAUCAAUGUUAUGUUUUUAUUGUUUCAUAGCUCCAUACAAAGGUGUAUAUGUUUGCUAUAUUUAGUUAUCCUGAUAGAAAGAACAGUCAUUGAACAAUUUAACAAUGUGUUCAGAACAACAUUGAAUCUUUUUAAGAACUAUCUGGGUUUUUAGAGAUGAUGGGGUAUUUAUCACCUGAACAGAAUGAAUGCUUCAUGUUGUCUCUUUAUCAGCUUCAGCUGCAUGGAGCCUGUGAGCCGCUCUCUGUGCUGUACGGUGACAUCCUCCCUGCACAUGUGUGAGCUACAACCUUGCUGAAUACCCAUGUAGACUGCCUCUGUCUUUACGCUUUUUCUUUAUAGAAUCCUGCUGGGUUUAGUUGUUUAAAAUAUAUUUUUUAGAAAAUAUAUUUGACUGUGCCAAUUGUCUGUGUCCAUGUUUGUCAUGUGUUUCAAGUAAAAAGGUACAAGGUUCAGAGAGAAAUGUGAAUGAUAUUGGUCAGUAAUGGAUAAAAAAGUACAGCCUUAAGGCCUGUGCAGUGCUUCUUCUAAUGUUCCAUCCAAAAAGUGUCCCAAACAAACCUUCGUCAAUGAUGGCCAUUGGAUUUGACCUGAUGGACUGAUUUUUUUUUUCUGGCUCAUCUGUUUUGGCAUUUUCAUUUCUGCUGGGUCACUUAUUGGCAUGUUUGAUUGCAUUCCAUAAACAUGUUCUUUCACAAAAUACAUGGUAAUGGGUCCAUGAAAAAGUUCUGCGCAUUGAAAAAUGUAUUUCUUUGUUCAGAGUUUAUUUACACACUGAAAAUGGUCCAUGGUGGGAUGAAGAGUGAUGUGUUUUCUCUGUGUGUUUUCAUGGUGUUCUGUAAUGUCCUCAAUGAUUAGGGAGAGAAUUAAAUCUAAAGUAGACUUGCAUGUCACAUUUACAUGUUGAUAACUCAUGUUGAUCACUGUCUAAUUCCAGAAAUAUGAUUAACACUGUAUUAGUUGUACUCAUAUAUCCGCAGUGUUCACAUGCACAAGAGAACACGUUUAGAGAUGAUGAUGUUUAUUAUGUACACCACUGGGACUGAAUUGCUGUUAUAGUACACUUUAAAUCUAGCAACAUUUUUCUUUAAGGGAGAACCAUGCAGCAAUGUAUUAUUCAGCACAUUUCAGGUUUAGAUUUCUAAGAGUAGUCAGAGAAUCAUCAGAUUAUGAUGCAUCCAAUGUUUCUACCUCAAUGGAGCAUGUUUGUCACUGUCUUGAAGAUUCAUCAUCCGUCAUCAGACUUGAAUCUGUCAGUGUGUAAGUUUAAGUAUGAGACACACUGCUGUAUCUCACCCAGUCAGGCGCUCAGGGCUGACUGAGGAACUAAAACAACAUUUACACAUGCAUUUCAAUGAUCAAGUAAUGGGGACGGAGGACGUUUAUAGAAUCUGUUAAGGCUGACAAACCCUCUUCCAUCAUGGUAAUGGAUGUAUCGAAAAGCACUAAUAUGGCUGAUGAUUUUAUUGAAUAAAUGUUGCUAAAAAGUUGCUAUCAACGUGCCAAUGUAUUCAUUUGACUGUUUAUAUGACACCUCAUAUGGCUAUAGAUUUGAUUUAUUUGUGUUUCUAGCCAGACUAGCAGCAUUGAUCACCAUUUGUUCCAGAGGGAGUGAUGAAUCCUAAAGAGUUCAAUGAUCUCACAUGAUCCUUUGACUUUUCAUGUAGGUCAUUUGUAGCAAAACGUUGAUUCGUAUUAACAGCUUUCCUCUUAUUCCUCCACCGACAAAAAUGGCAUCUAACAGUAGAGCAUUAACAUGUAAAGUACAGCAUUAUGGUUUCCAUGCUGUACCAUAGUAUGUUAAUAUUCACCUGGUAGCAUGCCAAGUUCAACAAGCUAAGCAUGAUUAGAGGCACAUUAUUGAGGAGGUAAAGACCAGCAUUAGUUAAAAUCGACUUUUAGAAUAAAAAUAUGAAUUUUAUAUUUAUACAUUUGAUGUAUGAUGUUAUUAAAUAUCUAAAAAUUGUAAUUAAUCAACCUACUAAGUAAAACAUUUAAGAUGAUGAACACAUAAUGCACUAAUUAUAUCUGUCUUUAAAUUUGCCAUUGUGCAGGAUGAGUACUUUUACUUU